AUGGAUAUCAUAAAACGUGCUGUAAAUGAUAGAGAAAAUUUUAUAGAUACAUUUAUAUCAUGGACAAUGAAAAGUAGAAAACAAUCAGCAAAUGAUAUUUUAAAAAAUCUUAAUAGGUAAAAAUUAAUAUAAUCUAUUUAUAUAAUAUAAUAACAAAGUAUUUUCUAUACUAUGCAAAUUAAAUAUGAAGUAAGUUGAAAAUUUUAUAAGACAGAUUCAUAAAGCGAUACACAUGAUUGUGUUUUAUGAAUUAAAUAAUAAUUAUUAUGCUUUGUAUAGCUGUAUAAAUAAAUUUCUUCGCAAUUACUAAAUAAAAUUGUUCUUGAAAAUAUGUUCUUGCCGAUAUUCUUCACAUUUUAUAAAAAUAGAAAGAUAUACA